AUGAUGACCAAACCGUUUGGAAAGAGCAGUGAUGUGAGCGAGCUGGUGAGCUCCCUGGGCUGGCUGGAGGAGGACGGUAGCUCCCAGGAUGGAGAUGAAAGCCCUGAGAUGAGAGUGCGACAUGGCCUGAAUGCAGGGAGCCGGAUCCACUCCUGCACAGAGCUUGGCAGUGAGGACAUGGAGGAGGAAGAAGAGGAGGAAGAUGAGGAGGAGAUCGGACCAAAUGGAGAGAAUGCUCCUAAGAGGAGAGGCCCUAAGAAGAAGAAGAUGACCAAAGCUCGGCUGGAGAGGUUUCGUGCCCGGCGGGUCAAAGCCAACGCCAGGGAACGUUCAAGAAUGCACGGGCUGAAUGACGCUCUGGAUAAUCUGCGCAGAGUGAUGCCCUGCUACUCCAAAACACAGAAGCUGUCGAAGAUCGAGACUCUCCGAUUGGCCCGUAACUACAUCUGGGCUCUGUCUGAGGUGCUGGAGAGUGGACAGUCUCCAGAGAGCCAUGGCUUUGUGGAGAUGCUGUGUAAAGGUUUGUCUCAGCCCACCAGUAACCUGGUGGCUGGCUGCCUGCAGCUGGGGUCCAGUCCCAUGAUGCUCAACAAACUAGAGGACAAGUGUGGAGGCCCUGGAGUUGGUGGUGUUGGGGGUCAGACUGGCCAUCCACUCAGCUACCCAUCUCCAGGCCUUCCAAGCCCUCCUUACGGCUCCCUGGAGGCCUCCCACCUCCUCCAUAUGAAGGGAUUCAAGGGUGCUGUGUAUGACAACCCCUCCCCUAACGAGUGCAGCAGCGGCACCCCGCCGUACGACGGCCCCCUCACUCCUCCUCUCAGCAUCAGUGGGAACUUUGCCCUGAAGCAAGAACCCUCACCCCACGAAUCAGAGAGGAACUACACGCCCCACGCUGGCCACCAUGCCCACUACCUCACAUCUCACCAUUACUCCUCAUCCACAGCAGGGGGGCCUCAGGGCCACCCACUCUUUCAGGCCUCACGCUACGAGCUGCCCCUCGAUGUGGCCUUUGACUCCUUUACUUCGUCUCACCUCAUCAGCUCACAGAUGGGCACGAUGUGA